UCCGCGGCGACAACAAAAUGCACUGAGUAGUAUAAAUACAAAAAGCGAGAAAAAAAGUUAUCAAAACAAAGUCAGCCGCGCAACACACCCAAGCACACCACCAAAAAAAGUAUUCACAAUGUCAAUGACCGUGAUAUUGUUGACGAUCGUCAUCGUCUUGUUCGCUACGUUGCUACUUCUGCUGCAUCAUCGCCUCAGCUACUGGCACAGGCUGGGCAUACCACACGACAAACCCAGCUGGCUUUUGGGCAAUUUGGUGGAGGCACAACGCACACUAAGCUUUGCCGACAUCAGCCGCAAUAUCUACUUAAAGUACAAGGGCACUGGCCCCUUUUGCGGUUUCUACUUCUUUCAUCGACCGGCAGCGGUGUUGCUGGAUUUUGACCUGAUCAAAAAUGUGCUCAUUAAGGAUUUUGCAAAUUUCGCCGAUCGUGGCAUGUUCAGCAACGAACGUGAUGAUCCACUGACAGGACAUCUCUUUCUAUUGGAUGGUCAGAAGUGGCGUAGUCUGCGUAAUAAGCUCACGCCCACUUUUACCUCGGGUAAAAUGAAAUUCAUGCUGCCGUCCAUAAUUGAGGUGACACAAAAUUUGGUAGACGUGUUGGGUGAAAAGCUGCAGGUAGACAACGUUGUUGAGUUGAAGGAGUUAUUUUCGCGUUACACUAUUGACAUCAUUGGCAAGGUGGCAUUCGGCCUCACUUGCAAUUCGUUGCGUGAUCCCAACGCAGAAUUUGCAAUCAUGGGCCGACGUUCGUUUAGCGAAUCGCGUCAUGCACCCGUGGUGAGUGGUUUCAUGCAAAGCUUUCCGAAUUUGGCGCGUUGUCUGCGCAUGCGCACGAUACAUGAUGACGUUAGUGAAUUCUUUAUGCGGCUUGUGCGUGAAAUUGUCGAGUAUCGUGAGAAAAACAACAUCAAGUGCAACGACUUUAUGAGUAUCCUCAUCGAUUUGCGGAACGAUAAAAAACUGCGUGGCGAGAAUGGCGAAGAAAAAUGUCUGACAGUAGAGGAAAUGGCAGCACAGACAUUUGUAUUUUUCAUAGCUGGUUUUGAGACUUCUUCUACCACAAUGUCGUUCGUUGUGUAUGAGUUGGCACAACGACCGCUACUGCAAGAGCGUUUAAGGCGCGAGGUACUGGCAACAUUUGCCAAGCACAACAACGAGUUUACCUAUGAGUGUUUGAACGAGAUGCCGUAUAUGGAUCAGGUAGUGUCUGAGACCGUAAGAAAAUAUCCAAUUGUGCCGCAUCUUAACCGGCAAGCUUUGAACGACUAUGUCGUGCCGGGACAUCCGAAUUAUGUGAUCAAGAAGGGCAUGGCAGUAAUUAUACCCUCUGUGGGCAUACACUAUGAUCCCGAUGUGUACCCAAAUCCAGAGCAAUGGGAUCCCGACCGUUUUACACCGGAGAAGGUAGAGCAGAGUGAUUCAGUCAGGUGGUUGGCGUUUGGCGAAGGACCACGUAAUUGUAUAGGGCAACGUUUUGGACUCAUGGAGAUUCGUAUCGGUCUGGCACAUUUGCUGCAAAAAUAUCGGUUCAGCAUAUGCGAUAAAACUGAGAUACCACUGAAGAUCAAUGUGAAAUCAUUUUUGAUAAGCUCACUUAACGGUAUCUAUGUGAAAGUGGAAGAGCGUGGAACAACGAGCUGAGCUGGAAGCUGCGAAGUUGGCUUGAUAAUAAAACGCCAUAUUGCAAAUACGGGAAAAGUGGAUUUAUAGAUUUAUAUUUUGCUCAAAUUUGAGACAUCACAGCAGCUAGUACUUCAUAUUAAUAAGGGUUUUAAAAAUGGUUAAUAAAAGUAAUAAUAAUAGUAAUACUGCUAAUAGAUAGUGCCGUAGCCGAUUGGGGUGGCGUAUGACUCCGGACAUGAAACACCAAAAUGAUAGAAACAUUUUUUUGUAAUUCUGGUCGCCCCUCGGCAGGCAAGGGUAAACCUCCGAGUGUAUUUCUGCCAUGAAAAAGCUCCUAGCAAAAAACUAUCUGGCAUUCGGAGUCUGCUUAACACUGUAGGUCCCUCCAUUCGUGCGGAAACAUCAAGGCACAUGCGCCAAUAGGAGGAGAAGCUCGGCCGAACACCCAAUAAAGGGUGUAAGCGCCGAAUAUAUACAUAGAUAUCUGAAAAUAUUUUUUUUUGUUUAUGUUGUUCUUCCAGCGAGCAAUACUUAGUGGUUAAAGGAAAUGCAAGACGCUCUAAAUGCAUGUUAGGCUCUUUUUAUGCUAUAAUGUAAUUAGUUACAUCAAAUUGUUAAAAUGUUCGUUUUCGAAAGAGGUUCCAAUGAUGAUCAAUUCCUUCCGUUUUAAGUGCC